GAAGUUUUCUGACUCAGUCACUGAAGAGCUCUUCUUCCAUCAAGUCACUGGCGUUUCUCCACUAUAACACAAAGUAGCACUUCUAAUAGGACUAACAUCAUAUAAUAGGGACCAUGCGUGAGGGACUUUUGAAACUUUUUUGCAUUUUCAUACUGUCGUUGCGUCCAUUUAUAGCAUCAGCAGUUAUUUAUCAGAUUCCUCUCAGGCUUCAGCGGACACUUUCAGAACAAAGUACCGGACGACCCCCUGCUGGAACAAACCCACCCAACAGGAAUUGGUGCCAAUACACAGUUCAGAAGACUGUUUCGUGUCAAACACAAAAUGGAACGGAGACUGUUGUGCGACGACUGUUUCAGAGCUGCCGCUGGCCUGGGCCGUGUGCAAACCUCAUCAGCUACAGGACUCUGAUGAGACCUGUGUACACAGUGACCUACAGGAAGAUCACUUCACUGGAAUGGCGCUGCUGUCCCGGAUUCUUUGGGGAGGACUGCCGAGAGGAAUGUAUGAACUGCACAGGCUAUGCUGACAUCACUGAGCGGAUGAGUGUCAUUGAAGCUCAGAUCAUGUUACUAAAAGAUGCAGAAAAACCUCAUUUGCGCUUAUCCAGCCAAUCACUAGAGAGAACAGCUGAUAAUGAGGUUGACAGUCCCCGCCCCUCACCCCUAACACCCAAUUCCUUUGGCCGGCCAGACAUAUAUUCAGGGCCAAGAGGACAACCAGGACCUGUCGGGCCACCUGGACCUUUAGGAAAGAUGGGGUUAUCUGGGAAGCCAGGGGCCGUAGGACCUAUAGGACCACAGGGACGACACGGUCCCCCAGGAGAGAGAGGUAUUCCUGGCCCACCUGGACCUCCAGGGCCAACAGCAUCUUCUCCAUUUUCCAUUAGUGGAGAUGUCUUUACUCUAACGGCUAGACAACAUGCUCAAUAUGAGGAUGGUGAUUUCUCUGCUUAUCCUGACCCUCAGCCUUUACUAGGACCCCCUGGACCCUCUGGCCCACCAGGUCCACCAGGUCCUGCUGGACCACCUGGUAAUCCAGGAGCCCCUGGUAAAAAUGCGGCCUUAAGCUUUUUAGGCAAGCCAGGUGACCCGGGGCCCAAAGGAGACCCUGGGGAAAGCGGUCCACCUGGAUUCACUGGAAAACAAGGACAACCUGGCGUUCCUGGUCCUAAAGGUGAGCCAGGAGAGAUUCCACCAGAGGUGCGACAGUUAAGAAAAGCUCUGAAGAUUCUGGCAGAGCGGCUUCUCAUCCUAGAACACAUGAUCGGCGUUCACGAUACUCUCCUCGAGUCUGGUUCUGGAAUAGAUCUCCUGGCGGAUUUUGCGCCAAUGGUCGACGCUAAAAGUGUUGGAUCUCGCAGGCUGUCUUCUCCUCUUAUCCCGGACGCAGAAUAGCCAGAUUCUGUAUUUGGGUGUAGAGAGUGAAUAUCGUGUACUUGUAACCACUUGAGGUGCAAGCCCCUAGAGGCUGGAUGUAUAUGAGCCAUACAAUGAAUUAUUGUUGAAAAUGUUUUAGAAUAGCACUGAUCUUUCUUUUUGUACUUAAUUGAUAAUAUUUGAAAUUAUGCAGUUUUAAGAUAGCAAAGGAUGGGCAGCUUUAUGAGGGCUUACUGAUCAACAAAAAUGAUGUGGGCUUUUGUCUUUAACCAAACCAAACAUUAUUUGAUCCUUAAAUACUGUUUGUUCUUGAUCUCAAAGAAUAAUUUUACAUUAAACUCAUUUAAGCCGCAAACAAGGAGACGGUAAACACAAAGCGGCAAACUUUCCUCAUCAUCAUUUUUUCUUUCUGUUGUAAUUGAUGACCUAACAUGACCUCAUGCACAUAAUUAUCAUUCGUUUCAGCUGCAGCUUUGUAUGAAGACAACCCACAACUCAAAUCCCAUAGCAAAUAAUACACGCACUAUACAAUAGAUCUUUAAAACCAAACACUGCCCCUCUUCUGCUCGCAAAGUGCAACUUCUACCGCAACAAAAUGUGUUUACACUUUUACUCACCUGUUCUUAUUCAUAAAGUCUAUCAUUGACUCGCUUGAAAUAACACAAAAUGUCAGAAUGCACCAAGGGCUUCUAUUAAUAGGUUGAUGUGAAUAGCCGGCCGUACACAAUAGGCCAUGGUGACCUUGUUUAGGAGCGCAUGGUUGUUGAACAGCCAGUGUGGCUUAAGCUUAUUGUUUCAGCUGAGCUUUAAAAUCCCCUUUGGGAGGGAACAAGAUCUUUUAGAAUCUUGGGUUUUUUUUCUUGUUGUUUUAUAAAGAAAGAAAACGAGCCUGAAUGUUUGUUCAAAUAUUUGUAGCUUUAUUGCUUUUUUUACUAAGAAACAAAUCUGAUUGCUCGUAUUGUUACUUUUCUCAUUUUUUCUAAAUAAAAUUGUACAAUUUA